AUGACUGCGCCGGUCCAAGCUUUUACGCGUGCUAAGCCGGCAACAUCGCCGCGCGAUGCAUCGCCUUUUUCAAUGAUGGCUAUGCAGCAGGCGAUUGCCGAGCCUUUGGCACAAGAAAUUGUUGCGCUUGAAGGUCAAUCGCCCCCUUCGCAUCUGCAUGGUCGCACGCGCUCUGUAUCGAUCCCUGGCUCUUCCAAGGCGCCGCGUAUGCUGCAGCCUGUGAACAUGGAUACCAUCCGCAUUCUUCUUCUAGAGAAUGUGAGCCAGGGUGCUGUGAAGAUGCUGCGUGAGCAAGGUUUCGAGGUCGACUUUUACACGGGCGCGUGGGGCGAAGACGAGCUAGUGGAGAAGAUUGGCGACUACCAUGCGAUCGGUAUUCGCUCCAAGACACGUCUAACUCGUCGUGUGUUUGAGGCAGCCCAUCAGCUGCUGGUUGUGGGCUGCUUCUGCAUCGGCACGAACCAAGUGGACCUGGAGGCAGCGACCAAGCACGGUAUUGCCGUGUUCAACUCACCCUUUGCGAACUCGCGUUCAGUGGCUGAGCUGGUGAUUGGCGAGCUUGUGUGUCUGUCGCGCCAGUUGGCCGACCGUGCGAUGGAAAUGCGUCAGGGCACCUGGAACAAGGUGUCGAAAGGCUGCUACGAGCUGCGUGGCAAGCUACUUGGAAUUGUGGGCUAUGGUCACAUUGGCUCACAGCUGUCUGUGUUGGCUGAGUCGAUGGGUAUGCGUGUGAUUUACCAUGAUGUGCUGCCGCUCAUGCCACUCGGCAGUGCGCGCCAGGCCGAUUCGCUGGAAGAGCUGCUUAGCACGGCGGACUUUGUGAGUCUGCACGUACCUGAGCUGCCUGAGACGCGUGGUAUGAUUGGUGCCAAGGAACUGGCGCUGAUGAAGCCUGGCGCUUACCUGAUCAACAACUCGCGUGGUACUGUGGUGGAUAUCCCUGCCCUUGUGGAUUCGCUGAAGAGCAAGCAUCUGGGUGGUUGUGCUGUGGAUGUGUUCCCUCGUGAGCCGGCGAAGAAUGGCGAGAAUACGUUCAAUGACGAGCUGAACUCCUGGGCGUCGGAGCUGCAGAAGCAGAGCAACGUGAUUAUGACGCCGCACAUUGGUGGUAGCACUGAGGAGGCGCAACGUAUGAUUGGUAUUGAGGUCGGCAAUGCACUGUGCCGUUACAUUCUGUACGGUGGCAGUACUGGUGCGGUGAACUUCCCUGAGGUCAACCUGCGUCCGAUUACUGAGCAAGAGACCCGUUCUAUCCGUAUUUGCUACGUGCACCACAACCAGCCUGGUGCGCUGUUGGCUGUCAACGAGAUUAUUGGAAGCCACAAUGUCGACAAGCAGAGCACGGAUUCCCUGAAGGAUCUGGCCUAUCUGCUGGCUGAUAUUAGUGACGUGUCCGAAUCGGAUAUCCAGGACAUCUACUCGCGUCUGACCAAGACGCCCGCAUGCAUCCUCACCCGUCUACUGUCGUAA